AUGAUAAUUAUCUCUACAGAAUAUGAUCCCAGUUGGAAUCCGGCAACAGACGCUCAAGCUGUAGAUAGGGUGUGUAGAAUAGGACAAGACAAAUCUGUUGUGGUUUAUCGAUUGAUUACGUGUUCAACUGUAGAAGAGAAAAUUUAUAGAAGGCAGAUUUUUAAGGAUUCCAUUAAUCGUCAAACCACAGGAGGAAACAAGGAUCCACACAGGUACUUCACUAAACAAGAACUUCGGGAGUUAUUUAUUCUUGAAAAUCCUUAUCAUUCCACAACUCAAAUGCAGUUAGAACAAAUGCAUGCAAGCCAAAGAGUCACAGAUGUAGAUUUAGAUAGCCAUGUUGCAUUUCUUCACAGCCUUAAAAUAUUUGGAAUCAGUGACCAUGAUUUAAUGUUUAGUGGAAAUUUUUCGAAUAAAAGAGAUGAAGGACAAAUUCCAGAGGAUUACAUUCAACAAAGAGUUGAAAAAGCACAGAUGAUGCUCCAAAUUGAAUCUGCACAAACAAUGGAAGAUAUUGAAACUAAUAAAAUAUUUGCCAGGCCCUUUAAUGUUUCGCUUAACUCAAGAAAAACAAACAGCAUUGAUAAUUUAUUAUUAAUAUAAGUUUAAGAAAGAAUGAUGAAAACCAAUCCUCAAGGAAUUCCAUGUGUAAGAUAAAUGCUUGAAAUGUGAAAUCUGAUAUUUUCAUUAUAGAUUUGUCCACAAUGUUUACAUAUUUUGCAAAUAGAAAUUGUUUAAAUUUUUCUAGGAGCUAGCUAGUUUUGUCACCUUUGAAGUAGUCCCCUCCUGAGUUUAGGUACUAACUCCAGCUUUUUUCUGCCAUGAACUGAAUAAUUCUUUUGGAGUGCUGCACUAUUCUGCUAGUGAAUUUUCCUUAACGGCAUCAGUGGAUUCAAAAUGGUGACAUUUGAGAGUGGAUUUUAAUUUGGGAAACAAAAAGAAGUUUGCUGGAGCUUAGUCUGGUGAAUAGGGAAGUUGGGGAUCAAGUGACAUUGAGUUCUUGGCCAAAAACUAUUAUCAGCAGUGAUGUGUGGGUGGGUACAGUACAUUGUCAUGAUGCUCUUUUCUUCAAGCAGUUGGUCUUUUCUUCCUCAUUAUUUCACAAAGAUAUUUCAUCACUUUUGGAUAGUAUUCAUGGUGAAUGACACCUUCAGAAUCAAACAAAACAGUGAGCAAGACCUUCACAUUCAAUCAAACUUGUCACAACUUUUUGGGUUAUGGUGAAGAUUUUCCAUCCACUAUGAUGACUGACAUUUUGUUUCCACCUUGUAUCCAUAGGCACUAUCUUCAUCCUCAGUGAUGAUGAUUUUCAUCAGACCUAGCCCAUAU